CUUCGUCGUCUUCUUCUUCUUUACCCCUUCUUCUCCCAGAGCCGAAACCCUAACUCCUACCGAGCUUAAACCCUAACUCCGAUCGUCGGAGGCCGAUCCCUCGCGUGGCGUCUCACUCCUCGUCUUCGGGGAAAAAAAAUGGAAAUGAUUGUUAUUACACUGGUUGUACUUUUUGUGAUAGGAGCCCUCUUUAUCAUUCCAAGAUCUCAUAGCAGUAAAGGUAAAGCAAACACAGCACCCUCAAACGUCAAUGGGAAGACGGCGAGAACUUACACAAAAAAGGAGGUCUCAGUACAUAAUACCAGAAAAGAUUGCUGGAUCAUCAUCAAGGACAAGGUGUAUGAUGUCACCCCAUAUGUGGAGGAACACCCAGGUGGUGAUGCUAUACUAAAUAAUGCUGGAGGAGAUUCAACCGAGGGCUUUUACGGGCCACAGCAUGCUUCACGAGUUUUUGACAUGGUUGAUGAAUUUUAUAUUGGUGAUUUGAAGCCCUGACUCUAAGCUAUUCGAACUCUCUGGUCGCCGUAUUAUUUGUGUCAAAUGCUUUUGAAGUCUUUUUAUGUCCUCGAGCGUAGAUUUGCCAAAAAAUCUGUAUCAUACUGUAUAUUUAGGCAGUCAUACCCUGCUAAAACUAUUUUUGCACCACCAGAACUUUGGUGAUCAUUUUGAAAAGCACUUCUAGUUUCCUCUAUUUUAAGUAGGUUUACCCUCAAGUUAUUAUUUUUUUCCUGUAGCAAUGAAAGGCUAGCGAAUAAUUUCCUGAAUGACUAAUUUUAGAUGAAUCUGUGCAUAUUAGUUCA